AUGAGUGAAGAAAAUAAGAACCAAAGGCACUAUGUUCUGGUGCAUGGAGCUUGCCAUGGAGCUUGGUGCUGGUACAAGCUGAAGCCUCGGCUUCAGUCUGCAGGCAACAAGGUCACAGUGCUGGACCUUGCAGCCUCAGGCAUCAAUCCCAAGAGAAUUGAAGAAGUUGGUAGUUUUGCUGAGUAUUCUGAGCCUCUAUUGGAUUUUUUAGAAUCACUUCCUCCAAGUGAAAAGGCUGUUCUUGUUGGACACAGCUUUGGAGGGUUGAGUUUAGCUCUUGCCAUGGACAAGUUCCCUUACAAGAUAGGGCUUGCUGUUUUCUUAACAGCUUUAGUUCCUGAUACCCAACACCCACCUUCAUAUGUCUUGGACGAGCACGUUGAAAGAAGCCGUACUAAUGGUACUGAUGGAUGGUUGGACACUAAGUCAUCGCCCAGCGGAAGCAUAACAUUCCGACCCAAUUUCUUAUAUGAGAAUCUCUAUCAACUCUGCUCUUCUGAGGUUUUUUACAUGCAAGAUAUUGAACUAGCCAAGACUUUGGUAAGGCUAGGUACGCUUUUUCUGGAAGAAUUGAGGAAGGCCAAGAGCUUCAGCAAAGAGGGAUAUGGGUUGGUUUCGAGUGCUUAUAUUGUGUGCGAAGAGGACUUGGCGAUUCCAAAGGAGUUUCAGAAAUGGAUGAUCCAAAAUGCAUGUGUUCAUGAGGUUGUGGAAAUCAUGGAUGCUGAUCACAUGCCCAUGCUUUCCAACCCACAUCAACUUUGCUUGGAUCUCCUCCACAUUGCUAAUAAGUACACCUGA